UAGUAGUCUUCACCAUCUCACUCACUCCAAAGUUUUCCAAUUUCAAUUGAUCCACCUCCUUGGUUCUCCCUCUGAUCACUUCCAAGACCAUAAGGAGAACAUGGGUGUUGUCACUUACACUGAUGAGCUCACUAGUCCUGUCCCUGCACCACGACUCUUCAAGGCCCUGAUCCUUGAGGCUGACUCCCUUUUGCCCAAGAUCGUCCCUCAGGCCAUUAAAAGUAUCGAAACAGUGGAAGGAAAUGGAGGCCCUGGAACCAUCAAGCAGCUGAACUUUGCUGAAGGUAGCCAAUUCAAAUAUGUGAAGCAUAGGAUUGAUGAACUAGACAAAGAGAAGAUGAUCUACAAGUAUACUUUGAUUGAAGGUGAUGCUUUGAUGGACAAGAUUGAAUAUAUAAGUUACGAGAUUUCAUUUGAGGCCAGUCCUGAUGGGGGAUGCAAGAGCAAGAAUGUGAGCGUGUAUCAUUCCAAACCCGGUGUGGAGAUCAAAGAAGAGGAAAUCAAGGAUGGCAAAGAAAAGGCAGCAGCUGUCUUCAAGGCUGUGGAAGCCUACCUCUUAGCUAAUCCUGAUGCCUGAGCCUAAUGCAUCCUGUUGAGAGUUUCGAACCUGUAUUGCUUCUCCUCCACUUAAUCACUUGUUGCUUGCUGCCUUUUUGUUUUCCUUCCACCAAAUCUGCCACUCUGGCCUGAUAAAUAAAAGCUCUAUCAACCUGAUAUUCAAAUU